AUGACGGGGAUCCUCUUCCAUUCCGUCGAUACCCCGACCCCUCGCUGUCACUGUGACGUGAGGUCGCCAAUCAGAACCGCUUGGAAAUGUGACUAUCCAGGCAGAAGGUUUUAUGGAUGUUCUGGGUACAGAACCAGCAGGAAAUGCUCGUUCUUUCAGUGGUACGAUCCAGAGCUCCCAGCUCGUUAUUUCGAUGUCAUUCGCAGGUUGUUGGCAACUAACGAGGGCAUUAGAAGCGAGAACACGGAGUUGAAGAAGACAAGACAGGAACUCCUAGACGAGCUGCGUCGUUUGCAACAGAGUAUGUAUGAAACAAAGGCAGAUCUAGAGGCCGCCGUUGCAGCCUCUACGGCCAUGAAAGACAACAUGCUUGCGAGUGUCGCGACGACGAGGAGGCGUGGGGUUGUGAUCAUCGUGCUGAUAUCCGUGAUCGUUUUGUUGGUUUUUUUCCCGACCAAAGUCGCUUGUUGA